AUGUGGACCUGCAAGCCUUGGAGCUGCUGCCAGCCCAGCUCUGAUGAAGACUGCAGUGUGACUGACAGGCUCCUCUCUUUGUCUUUCUCCCUUUAUCUCUGGUGGUGUGAUUUGAAGCAACGCCCUGUGAAGCAAUCCCUGAGUGCCUGCAUGUGCAGAGAGUCACACUGGAAAUGCCUCCUCCUCUCCAUCCUCAUGUAUGGUUGCCUGGGAGCAGUGGCCUGGUGUCAGCUGGCCCGAGUCACCAAGCUCACCUUCGACAGCUCCUUCAAGGGCAAGUCCAUGAUCUACCAUGACAGUCCCUGCUCAGAUGGCUACGUCUACAUCCCGCUGGCCUUCCUUUCCAUGCUGUAUGUGGUGUACCUGGUGGAGUGCUGGCACUGCCACGUCAAGAGAGAGUUGCAGUACAAGGCUGAUGUGGACAGUGUCUAUGAAUGUAUCAACCGCAUGCAGCAAGCCACUCCGUGCAUCUGGUGGAAGGCCAUCAGCUACCACUUUGUACGGCGAACCCGGCAGGUAACACGGUACCGCAAUGGUGAUGCCUACACCACCACCCAAGUCUACCAUGAGAGGGUCAACACUCACGUGGCCGAAGCUGAAUUUGACUACUCUCACUGUGGAUACAAGGACAUCUCCAAAGAGCUCCUGGGCCUGGAGAGCUACACAGCCACCAAGCUGAGGUUCACCAAAUGCUUCAGUUUUGCCAACAUCGAGUCUGAGAACUCUUACCUGACGCAAAGGGCUCACUUCUUCACAGAAAUAGAGGGGCUGGAUGACUACAUGGAGGUAAGGGAAGGCAUGCAGCUCAAAAAUGUGGACUUCAAAGAGCUCAUGAUGGCCUACGGGGACCCAGAUCACCUCCCAUGGUAUGUGUCUCACUAUGCUUUCUGGGUGGCAGCCAUCCUGAUGAUCUCCUGGCCUCUCAGGGUACUCAUAGAGUAUCGGACUGCAUACGUCCACUACCACGUGGAGAAGCUUCUGGGCCUGGAAUACACAGCACCCGCCACGAUGGAGGAGCCCCUCUACCGUUACCGCAUGCCCCAGGAUGCCACGCAGGACAGCACAGAGCUGGAGUGGCACAUCUGCACCAACCGGCAGCUGAUCCCCAGCUACUCGGAGGCCAUGCUAAUGGACCUGGCUGACUCUCCAGCAUACAACAGCUAUACAGUGUGUCGGUACAGUGAGGUGGCCCACGGCUGCGAGCGCUGCAACCGUGCCUCCAGCACCUCCUCCAUCUUCUCACGCCACGCUUUCCACAGCUGCAGUGGCAACUCCCAUCUGUCCCUCAACACCAGCCGCUUCUCCCUCUGCCGCGUCCAUGGCUCCCACAGGACAGGCCUCUGGCGGAGCCGCAGCAGCAGCAUUGCUGACCGGGGCUGCCAUGAUGAGCAGUGCUGCUCCUACUCCAGCCAGCUGGCUGUCAACGAGAAUCCCCCUACCUACCACGAUGCCCGCUUCUUCCCCGUCUUGAUCGUGCAUAGGCCGGAAGGGCACGAUGGACAGCCCUUCUAUGUCAGACGCUCCUCUUGUUUAGAAACGUCUCUGUGAUGGGCUCCUGUGCUUUCUCAGCUCUUCAGCUCUGGAACAGCUUCACUUGCAGAGAUACCACCGGCCUGCAAGUGUCAGUCAGCAGGACGAGCUUCAGAUUUCAGUUCUUCUUGACAUUGCACGAGGAUAUGGUCACCCUGCCAAGUGGCCCACCUCAUUUCCAAAGCUUCUCUCCCUCCUCCUAUUCGUCUCCAUGUUUAUUUUUCCCUUUCCUUUCACUCUUUCACUCCUCACUGUUUCUUUGUUUCUUGAGUCUCUGCCUCUCCUCCCAUCCCGCUCUUUCUUUUACAUUUCAGUCAGUAUUUGAAAGCUGUUUCCAUGAGAGGAUUUAAAAAGUCUGUGUUUUGCAAUGCCUUUGCCCUGCAAGGUAGGAAACUCAAGAGACAGCAAGGCCAAGCAAGAUGCUGAAAGGCCUGCAGCCAGUCAGUGUCAAGUCAGAAAGAGAAUUCAAAUCUGCAGCUCUGAGUCACCUGCUGCAAACCUCGAACAAGGCUUUUAAAAAAAUUAUUUCUGCCAGUCUUUUUGCCUCUUCUUUCAUUUAUUGUCUCCUUUUUUGUACUUCUUCCUCUCUCCCUAUUCUCAUCUUCCUUUUUUGUUUUUUUCACCUCUGCUUUCCAAUUUCUCAUUGCACCUUUCUGGGGUUUUGUCAGUGAGGAUGUCUUUCAGCCCGUAAUUGGCUUCUGUUGCCCCAAAAUAAGGUAUUUGCAGCACAAAUUUCAGUGUCCACUGACACAGACACAGGAAAUGUCCCUGAGAAAUGCUGAGGACAUUCACCACAGAGUAGUGAUACACACACAAAGCAAAAAGCAUGCCUUUUGCUAACCAUGCCCUGCCUGGUCUGCAGCAGAUGCUGCUGCAUUUCCAGAUGUAGUUAACCUCCUUCAGCUCCACCAGUGUUAGCAAUCGUCAAGAGCUGUAAUGUAGAUCAGUACCCUGCUAGUGCCACUAUUUUUAAGAAUGUAGAUCUGGUUUGUGGUUACUUCAUUCCUACCACUUGCUCGGAGCUGCUGGGACUGGCAAGGAGGAGAGAGGUCAGGGAGGGAAAGGUGUUAAUCCACUACAGCCCACUCACCAGUGUCUGAAGCCUCUUCCUGCAAGGCUCCCUGCGAGUGGGUGCAGAGCCUUCAGUAAGGUAUGAGAUCAGCCUGGCACUGUCACCCACAGGAAGUGGCUGGUGCUUCCAAGAGCCAGGGACCAGCCCAGGGCUUCUGGCCUGCUCAGGAUCCCCAGGGCCUCAACAGGUGCCAAACCUGCCAUGUGCUGAGCAAGCUCUGCAACAUUUCAUCAGGUGGGUAGCUGAAGUGGGCAUCAACUUGCAGGAGAACGCAAUACAAUCUCAAUACAGUAACUACCAAGGUGUUGUGCCUCCCUAUGGUAGGUAGAUCAGAAGCUGAUCCCUCAGAGGGGCUAGCAACAAAUGCUUUCUCCCGAGUCAGUUCUGUGUGUAUCUGUGUAAUAUGAGAUUUGUAAAGUCUUAUUAGUAUGUGUAGAUUAUAUGUAACUGCAUAUGGUGAUUUCUUAUGGCAUUGACUGUUGCACUAUGUUAAAUACAUUUUGUUUUGGUUUGAUGACUGUUUUGAUGCACUGUUUAUUUUCAACUCUGGAAGCAGAGACAUUGCUUUCACAUGGGCAGUACCUGGCUAACACACUGCGGAGGAUGGCACCAUCAGGAGGGUUGUUUAAAUUUGUAUGAGCCAAUCUUUUUUAAAGUAAACACUGUAUGUAUGAUUUAUGUGACAUUUUCAUUCUGACAGCUUGGCAUUUAUUGUGAAAGAUAUGUAACACAUAGGAUGUGUUAGUUUGUCACCUCUAAAAAAGAAUAACCAUUCUAGACACGAGGAAGAACCAGGUUUGGGCUUAGGGUAAUGAUUAUUGUUGGACUGGGGCCAAAAUCCUGAAGUGGAUAAAAGUCAAAACAAAAUCAAAACUUAGACCCACCCCACAAUGACGCAGUCCUGGUCCCUACUGAUAUCAUGUCACUCCUGGCAGAGCUGAGAGCCUGGGAUAAGGAUAGGAUCAGACCUGACCUUCAGGUUCAGAUUUGUCUCUGCUUUAUUGGAGUAAAGGCAUGCCUUGCAUAGGGUUCCCUCCUCUUGUCUUCACACACACAGAAAGUUUAAAACAGCACAUAUGGAAGAUCUGAGAGCUGGAGGAGGCUGAAGCCUCAAGAAAUAGAGAGGCUGGAAUAUUUCAACACUGCUUCUGACUGAAGGAGGUGUUAGGGAGGAAGAUGAGAAAGAAAGGAAGAGAUGGUAGAAUAACAUAAAUUAGAAGGGAACAGAGUUUGGAUGCAGCUCAGAUAAAUGAGCAGCAGAAAUCAGUUACAGCAGGCUCAGGCACAGAGGCAGGUUGUGCAGCUGCUGCAUUUACCUGCAACUUUAAACACCAUUCCCAUGCCUUGCCAUGGCCUGCUCAGUCUGAUGUAUAUUUCAGGACUGAGUGUUAUAUUUGGGUCCUCAGAAGUGGCCACUCAAACAGUGUUAUUAUCCGACAUGAACAAGCCCUAGCAAUCCCAUUAUUAUGAUGGGCUGGGCAGAGAAAGGAGACAGUUUAUGCCAAGUUUAACCUUUUGCAAUGUGCUCAAAAGCUGUUGCAAUAUCCAGUAGCUCUUGGACUGUGUCCUUGUGAGAGGUUGAGAAGCCCAGAGGGUUUUUACUUCCUUACUGCUCAUGGUGUAGCCCAGCUUUGGGGCACUUAUUUGAGAACGAUUACCUAAGGUGUAAACAGUCCCUCCUGUUACACGCCAUGGCUGCUGGUGGAGGUGACUGGAAAGCUGGGAGCAGCUCCGGGCUGGCCUUGAACCAGCUGGCUUCAGCAAAGGGCCUGUGCACAGAGCACCUGAGCAACCACCUCGGGGCUCAUGCCCACAGAGCUUGGCUGCUCCUGGUGCCCUCAGGAAUCACACUGUUGUCACCCUCUGCUGUGGCUCCAGAUAUGGAAGAUCUAUUGCCACAGCAGAAGUAAGGAGAAGAGGAGGGCACUGAAGCCACCUGUGUGCCUCAGUGCUGUGUGCUUUGCCUUAACACAGCACCACCAUCACCGGUGUCACGACCUGCAGAACAAAGCUACACAGAUUAAUGCAGCAACACCAAUGGCCAGGAGAGAGUAUUUGUCUUCAAUUCCUAAAAGCAUUUUGGAAUCACCAGCUCCUCAGACUCUGCACAGCAAUGCUGCACUUCUCUGUAAGUUUUCCCACAGCAGUUUGCACUCCAACUGGCAAUGCUCGCCGGAUCUUGGUCCAAUUUCCAUGCAGUUCUUCCUGUUGAAAUAAAGCCCUUCUCAGACACUCUGAAGCCAGAUCCCCGCUACUUACAAUUCUAAUUGUUCCUCUGCUUCCAGCAAAGCCUGGCUGCUUCGUACUAGCCCAGGGCCUGGCCCACGUCACACAGGAAGGCCUUCCCACUGCCAUCUUACCAGUGUGUCCCUCUGUCCCUUCCCCACCAGCCCCAGCAGGGCUCCACACUGUGCCCAGUGCCCCAGUGCGGAUUGCAGGGGCACAGAGAGUUGGAGGGCCACCAGUUAAGUGCUGUGGUUGCUACUGCAGAGCUGAAUGCUGCACUGUAAUGACUGUGCUUCUUAUGGCAUCUUUCAACCAUAAUUUUCUCACCAUAAUCCCUGUGAAAAGACAGUGCCAGAUUUUGUCAGUGACUUUCCCCACACUUUGCGGGUCACUCUGUGAGAGCGGAGAUCUUCUCAGCCCUCCUCCUGUCCUGGCAGCGGCAGAAAGGAGGCUGAGGGUGCACAUCCCCGCAGGAAGGACGGACGGAGCAGGGGUGGUGAGUCUGCGGACCGCACACCAGAUCCUUGGCUCAGGGGAGCUGAACCCCAUCAUAGGGCGGCUCCCGAGCCACGCUGCCCUCCGCUCCCACACGGAGGCCCCGAGGGAAGCGGCGUCCUCUCCCCGACGCCCCGUGCGUGCCAGCCCUUUGGUGGUGCUGUUGGAACGACUGCGCCCCGGCCCCCACAGCCUCCCGCGGCUCUGCCCGCCUCGGGCCGGGCUGAGAGAGGCCGGUGGCGGCGGCGGGGCGGUGAUUUUCCGAUCUGGGGGCCGCUCAUGCAUAUUUAUGCCGU